UGUCAUGUGACCGGAAGAGAAACCCGGAAGCUACGAGACGGGAGGAUCUCUGUUUCCUUGGCUACGGUGUAGAGAAAGGGAAAAAAGACCGAGAGGGAGGAGGGCCGGUCCCUUCACUUGUCGCGGAAGCGGCGCGGCUGCUCUUGGAGGGAUGGGACCGAGCCGGGCCUAGCGGAGUAGCUACCGCCAUGAGCGGAGUAGCGGCUGGUGGGGAGGGAAGGAGCGGCGACUCCCCAGCAGGCCGUUGGGCGGGCUGGAAGUUGCUGACUCUGGGCCUUCUCUCCGCUUCCUCGGUCUUGGUGGCAGCCCCGGCCUCUCAGGCCAUGAGCAAGGAGGAGAAACGUCGCCUCGGGAGUCAAGUGCUGGAGAUGUUUGAUCAUGCCUAUAGUAAUUACAUGGAACAUGCCUAUCCAGCUGAUGAACUCAUGCCUUUAACUUGCCGUGGAAGAAUUCGAGGUCAAGAACCAAGCCGUGGGGAUGUGGAUGAUGCCUUGGGAAAGUUUUCCUUGACACUGAUUGAUACAUUGGACACUCUUGUGGUAUUGAAUAAAACCAAAGAGUUUGAAGAGGCUGUUAAAAAAGUGAUCAGAGAUGUUAAUUUGGACAACGACAUUGUAGUAUCAGUGUUUGAAACAAACAUAAGAGUGCUUGGAGGGCUUCUAGGUGGGCACUCCGUAGCAAUCAUGCUGAAAGAAAAAGGUGAAGACAUGCAGUGGUACAAUGGGGAACUUCUGCACAUGGCAAAGCAGUUGGGCUACAAGCUCUUGCCAGCUUUUAACACCACCAGUGGUCUCCCAUAUCCAAGAGUUAACUUAAAAUUUGGCCUCAGGAGUCCAGAGGCACGAACAGGAACUGAGACUGACACAUGUACAGCUUGUGCGGGUACUUUGAUCUUGGAGUUCGCUGCUCUGAGCCGCUUCACAGGCGCAUCAGUGUUUGAGGAAUAUGCGCGGAAGGCACUUGAUUUUCUUUGGGAGAAAAGGCAGCGCAGCAGUAAUUUGGUAGGAGUCACCAUCAAUAUUCAUACUGGUGACUGGGUCCGAAAAGACAGUGGAGUUGGAGCAGGAAUAGAUUCAUACUAUGAGUAUUUAUUAAAAGCCUAUGUCUUGCUUGGAGAUGACAGUUUCCUUGAAAGAUUUAACACACAUUACGAUGCCAUAAUGAGGUACAUUAGCCAGCCACCACUCCUCCUGGAUGUGCACAUACACAAACCAAUGCUCAAUGCUCGGACCUGGAUGGAUUCUCUGCUAGCAUUUUUUCCAGGUUUGCAGGUAUUGAAAGGUGACAUUAGACCAGCUAUAGAAACUCACGAGAUGCUGUAUCAAGUAAUAAAAAAGCAUAACUUUCUUCCUGAGGCUUUCACAACAGACUUCCGGGUUCAUUGGGCUCAGCAUCCUUUACGGCCAGAGUUUGCAGAGAGCACAUAUUUUUUGUAUAAAGCUACGGGAGAUCCUUACUACCUGGAAGUAGGAAAAACUCUAAUUGAGAACUUAAAUAAAUAUGCACGAGUACCUUGUGGGUUUGCUGCAAUGAAGGAUGUCCGUACUGGAAGUCAUGAAGACAGGAUGGACUCUUUCUUCUUGGCGGAGAUGUUUAAAUACUUAUACCUGCUCUUUGCUGAUAAGGAAGACCUGACUUUUGAUAUAGAAGACUAUGUCUUUACUACUGAGGCUCAUUUGCUACCUCUCUGGCUGUCUACUGCAAACCAAACAGCCCCUAGGAAAAAUGUUACUACAGAAUACACUGAACUGGAUGAUAGUAACUUUGACUGGACAUGCCCCAACACCCAGAUUCUCUUUCCAAAUGACCCCAUGUAUGCUCAGAACAUCAGGGAACCUCUGAAAAAUGUGGUAGACAAGAGCUGUCCUAGGGGUGUAUCUCGAGCGGAGGAGAGCUUGGGGAGCGGACCGAAGCCGCCGCUGAGAGCUCGGGAUUUCAUGGCCAGCAAUCCUGAGCAUUUGGAGAUAUUGAAGAAGAUGGGAGUCAGCUUGAUUCACCUCAAAGAUGGAAGAGUCCAGCUGGUGCAACAUGCUAUCCAAGCGGCGAGUGCACUCGAUGCAGAAGAUGGCCUGCGGUUCAUGCAAGAAAUGAUUGAGCUGUCCAGUCAACAGCAGAAAGAACAGCAGCUACCUCCACGUGCGGUUCAGAUUGUUUCCCACCCAUUCUUUGGCAGAGUGGUGUUGACAGCUGGGCCUGCGCAAUUUGGAAUGGACCUGUCCAAACACAAAUCAGGGACAAGAGGAUUUGUUGCAGUCAGUAAACCUUAUAAUGGAUGCUCUGAGAUCACCAAUCCCGAAGCGUUGAAGGAGAAAAUUGCUUUGAUGCAAAGAGGACAGUGCAUGUUUGCUGAAAAGGCACGGAACAUCCAAAAAGCUGGGGCCAUAGGCGGCAUCGUUAUUGAUGACAAUGAGGGAAGCAGUAGCGACACAGCCCCUCUCUUCCAAAUGGCCGGAGAUGGCAAGAACACGGAUGACAUCACGAUCCCCAUGCUGUUUCUGUUCAGCAAGGAGGGCAGUAUUAUCCUUGACGCCAUCCAAGAGUACGAAGCUGUAGAAGUACUGCUGUCUGAUAAAGCAAAGGACAGAGCAACUAUAUUUAAAGAUAAAAUGAUUCCAAACUACAUUCUUGAUAGCAAUAUGGAAAUGGAGAGCAUGGAUCAAAAGUCAUCUGAUAACGAUUCCCAUAACCAAAGGUCAGAAGAAAUCGCAACAGAUCUGAACUUAGGCAGUCAUCAUCCUGAAGAAGGAGGAGGUGGUGACUUGGAUUCGCCUACAGAGUCAAGCGAAAACAGUUUUUCUCUUGAAAGCCAGGAUUCUUGUGUUCCCAAACCCCCGGAAGCUAGUAGCAGUCAAAUUUCAGAACUAGAUGAAUACCCUGAGGAACAAUCAAAGACAGAGUCAGACUCUAGUCCCAGUAAUACCUGGGAUAGUAAAGGCCAGUCCAUGGAAUCAAUAUUAGCAGAUUGGAAUGAAGACAUAGAAGCUUUUGAAAUGAUGGAAAAAGAUGAACUAUAACUUCAAAUAACUUUAUUUUGAGACUAUACAACAGUGAACUCCAGAGGACAGCAAGGCCCUAAUGUCUGAAAAAAAAAUAUGAAAGAAUUGUUCAGUAUUGUGAUAAGCAGCCAGGUUUUAUUGGCAAAAGCCAGCAUGUGUUAAUUUGUAUUUUUUUUUAUUUUUCCUUUUUUAAAAAAAAAAUGGGAAUGUGCAAUUGACCCAUUUUGCAGGGUUCCUUUGCAUGGUGCUGCAAUGCAGGAGGUUCAUUCAGGGAAUGAUUCAGUUUCCUCCUGGGUUCCAGGUCACUGCGAGUUAGCUUGCCUUAGCCACAGAAGGCAAAGAAUGAACACAAUGGAAUCAAUGCGCCACCGGGUCCGGAGUGGCUAGUUGACGGCACAAUGUCCUGGCACAGGAGAGCCACAGGCUGGCUGCCAGGAAGAUGCCAUUGCAAGGGGUCUAUACUGUAUCUCCAUUAGAGCCUUCCCGGAUACCUGGGCGAAGGUACUUCAGGUGGUUGUGCCUUUUAAUUAUGAGGGCAGAAGAGGCAGCUGCAAUUUGCCCUGUGCCACUUCGUACGGCAAGUAUGCUGUACCUGUUUUAUCGCUUCUUCCAUUUGUUACUUUGAGAAAUGACCAAGACAGCUUGGAUUUUUUUUUUUUUAAGUUCCUAGUACAAGUCAAUAAUAGCCUGUAAACCAAAGGUAAUGAGCUCUGUUAGCAAAAACGGAAAUUCACCGAUAAUUCUGAAACUUGAAUCUGGGUAAUGGAGCCCCCUUCCCCACUCCCUUUUGAUUUUGAAAUGUCCACAGUAAAUGCUAAGCUAAAAAAUCAGCCAAAAUUAACAUCUUCACUGAGUUCUAGAAAGGUUUCAUAAACCCUAUUAGUGUUUAGGACAGAAUAACUUUCACCUGGUUUGCCAUUUUUUUUUAAACUUUGCUUUGUGUCAGCACCACUCCUGUUAUUGUAUAUCAUGUGUUGUUCAUUUCCCCCUCCCCCUCCGGCAAGAAGGCCAGUAUCUUGGUAGCAGUCUUACUUGGAAGCAGUGGAUCCAUGGUGUGGUGUGAAUCCUAGGACCGGCUGGUAUGCUAUCGAUUCUUUUAGAACUGCAGCAGCUUUUGGUGGAACAGCAAUCAUGUUUCACAGAUGUCUUACUUAAAAUUACAAUAUUGUAAAAAACCCAACUGUCGCAGCAACCACCACAACCCCAAAUGGCGUUAAUACAAUUGCAUCUCUUGCAAGACUGCCAGACACUAUUUAGAUCCAAUCUUAAUUGUUUCCGUUUUGGUAAAUUUAAAGCUUCUUUCUGCUGAGCGAACGUGCACGUGUUUUGCUUUAGAAAACCACCUUCGCUGUGCCAGACUCAGCCACUUUAUUUAUAGCUGGUUUUUAGUGGGAAGUUAGCAUCAUGAGAGGUGGGGUUUAAGCAAUGGGAAGGGCUCUGUUGUUGGCAAGCUCCUGUUGGGGAGAUUUCACGCAACUCCACGAGUCUUGUUAGAGGGCCAGUUUGAGAGCACAGUAACAGCACCUUCCAAUGUAGUACUUUACUUUCCCUGAAAAGUGAAUGGUAGCCAUGGACUGGUAUGGGAGAAAGCAAGCGGGACAGCCCCGGAGAAGGGGGCUAAAUCUGCGCUUUGCUGUGAUUCCCUAGUGGACCCAUUGGCUGGGGUACAGGAUGACUUUUUCUUCCUUCCUUGUCUCUAUUCGGGGUUGUAUAUGUAUGGUCACACUAGUACGUGUCAGGCUUUUGUGUUUGUGAUUUUUUAAAAAAGGUUUGCAGACUGAAGGACAUCCUGUUGUUUUGCUGCCAAACACUUAUCAAUUACACAUACUUGUAACCUAAGGUUCUGACACAGAAGGGAAUAGGUGCACAAAACGUACUUUCAAACAUACAGGCACUUCUCAGAGAGCAUACGAGGCAGCUGAAGAGGCCCUUCUACAGAUGUUGGUAAAUCUUGGAGGACUAGUAAAUAAGUGUCCUUCUAAAUUUUUUUUUUCAAAUGUUUUCAAUUUUUUGCACACAAAUUAGAGCUGGAGAUUCGUUGUUGGUGAAUUAUCCAGCACUGAAUUAUGUUCAUGCUUGAUUUUUAUAGGGUGAGAGAGAUUCCUUCAGGGGAUUUGGGUAGAGGCCUUUCUCUAAAGUGUCCUUUAUUAAAUUGGACCCAGAUCUAGAGAGGGGUGUGUGUCUGUGUCUGUGUGUCUGUGUUUUGGCCAUGCGUCUGCAGUGAGGUUGAGCCUAUAAAAUAUAGCAUAUUUGAGUUAACUUGUAAAAAGCAAAUAGGGUUCCUUCAUGUCAAAGGGCUAGGGCCACUAGUGAAAGUAGUAUUUAACGGUAAUCUAAGCCAUCUCACUCCAUCAAAGCACUAUUUUUUUUUCUUGUCCUUCAGUAAAAAUUGCUUACUUGGUGUAUUAGGUUAAAGUGAUUUUCUGGUCAUUGCGUCUUCACAAAACAUUUCAGACAGAAUUAAACCUUUACAGAAUAACCGCUGAAGGUUUUGCUCUUCCUACAGUUAAAUUAAGAGUUUUGCACUACCUGUCACUACUUGCUUGUAGUCCAUAACCUAAACACCUACAUAGCCUACAUCUGACAUUAAAUCUUCGCAAAAUGGUUCAGGUUUUCUUCAUGGAUCCAGGGAUGCUUUGAGAGGAGUAUCUGAAAGGUGGUGGUCUACCUCAGAUAUAGGUUGCCCUUUUUAUAUCUUAGUUGGAGUUCUUCAUCACAGCCAUAAGCACGUUUCGAUGACAACGAUAAGAGGUUUACAUUGUAUUAACUGGAUUUUGAAACUGGGUUUUGGAGAUAGGUUACUUACUUAUGAGUUAAUAGCUUCAUAUCGCAAUGGAAGCCCUCCUUCGGAUAAGCAUUCCUGUACCUGGUGGGAGAGGCCCAUACAUGACCUCACCCCCAUGGAGAAAGACCGGUAGGAGCUGGCACAAUAACAGGUAGAUCUCUGGCCAGGAUUUCUCUGUUGUUCUAUCUGAAUUCCUCCUAUAAUUUGGAGACAAAUAGCAGGGUUGGAAGAAGAACUGGGUAGAGAUUACCCUUCUAUCAGGACAAUGGAGGAAACAUUCUGUGAAUGCAUACCAUACAUCCAGAUUUUAUAAGACUUUUUACCAGCCCAACUUACAGCUGUCUAUUUUCUUAUGAUGUAAUUUAUGAAAAAUGUUAUAAGGGGUGCUGUAACACUACUGUUGUUGGGUUUUAGCGUCUGUUGAUUUUAAGUGUGUACAAUACUUCUAAGGGCAACUGUGUACUGUGAUGUAAAAGUGUGGGCUAAAAGUGUACAUAGUCCUUGUAUAUAAAUUGUGUACUUGAUUAUAAUUGCUGAUUGUAAAGAUUUAAUAAAAUGUGUAAAUAUUCUCGUCAAAA